AAGUAGCAUAUUAUGUCAUAAUAUUAGAAUAAUUUAAUUUAAUAUGAAACCCGACCCGAAGAUAUGGCCGAUAUUUGCUCCAUUCGAAGUGGUUAUUCACAAUACGCCAGAAGAUUGCUGGGUUUCAUUUUUGGGCAAAGUCUUUGACAUAACGCAGCUAAUAAGACAAUAUGUAGGUGAGAAAUGUAUCAUGCCGCUUCUGGCGAUGGCCGGCAAGGACAUUGGUCAUUGGUUUGACGAAAAAACGGGCGAUAUUCAGCACUAUAUUCACCCCGAAACGGGAGUUAAGGUGCCUUAUUGUCCUCAUGGACCAUUACCGGAUGUACCGGUAGAAGUACCGGCCACUGGGUGGAAACCGUUAGAUGGACUUCCAUGGUGGAAAGAUGAACAGUAUCAAGUGGGAUUAUUGAGCAAAAGAAUUCGACCUUUAAGGAUAAUAAAUAUGCUAACAUUAUCUGAAGUUACCAUCAACGUAUGUUGCGAAGACACACUCUAUCGCAUAGUGCAACGCUACCAGGCGUUUAACAGCGAUGCCGAUAGUUACACUUGGAGAUAUUUAGAUAAUAAUUUGAACAUGAAUCAAACACUAGAAGAAAAUGGCAUAUUGGAUGAAAGAGACAAAUUUACUGAAUUAGGUCUUCCCCAGAACUUUUACGUGCCGAGUAUUUUUCUAUAUUAUAACGAUGAUUUAAAGUGGGCUGAAGAAGAUGACGAUGAUUGAUCUGACAGAUUUUUAUACAUUUACAUACUCUGUAUAAUCUCUAUUUUAAAAUAUAC